AUGGAGAAACGGCCCAUACAAGUUGUUCCAUCACCCACUGUUGAUCUUUCACGUGCUCCAUUUCCUUCCCGUCUUAAAAACCAAACUUAUUCUAAAGAGUACGGAAAAUUUUUAGAGAUCUUUAAGCAACUGAGAAUCAACCUUCCUUUCAUAGAAGCUCUCCAAUCGAUGCCUAAAUAUGCAAAAUUUUUAAAGGACCUUCUAAAACGUAAGGAUAGGUUAGGAGAGGUUUCUAACAUUCCCCUUAGUGGAGGGUGCUCCGCCGUAGUCUUGAACAAGGUCCCGGAAAAAUUGACGGAUAUGGGCCUUUUUACUAUCCCGUGCUUGUUUGGGAGUGAUACCGAGUGUAGGGCCCUAGCCGAUUUAGGAGCGAGCAUAAACCUCAUGCCAUAUUCCAUGUAUGAGAGGUUAGGUCUAGGACAGUUAUCCCCUACACGUAUGUCUUUGUCUCUAGCCAAUAGAUCAGUGAAGUAUCUAUGUGGUAUAAUCGAAAACCUUCUAGUUAAAGUGGAUAAAUUCGUCUUUCCCGUUGACUUUGUCGUUCUUGAUAUGGAAGCCUAA